CGCUGCUGUCAGUGCUGGGCGUCAUGCUGAGCCUCGCCGGCUCCAUCCUGUCCUGCCAGAAUGCACAGCUGGUGCAGUCCCUGGAGGCCUGCGGGGGGGAGAAGGACUCCUGUGUCUGCUGCCAGGCCCGCUUGGAGCCCCCACCUGCCUCCUGCAGCCAGGAGAGCGAGAUGCUCACCAUGUUCCCCAACCCCAACUGCCGCAGCAUCCGUGUGGCGCUCAAGGACCUCCUCUUCAGCGUCUGUGGCUUGACUGUCUUCUCCACCAUCAUCUGCACGCUCUCCGCUGUCGUGUGCUGCAUCCAGAUCUUCUCCCUCGACAUCGUCCAUGUGUUUGUGCCCCCAGUGCCACCACCCCCCUACUACCCACCCGAGUACACCUGCAGCUCGGAGACAGACGCACAGAGGUACCGGCUGGGAGCGAGGCUGGUGGAGUCAGGCAUCACCUACAACGGCUCCAUGGACAGCCCUGUGCCCCUCUACCCGACUGACUUCCCCCCGUCCUACGAGACCGUGAUGGGGCUGCGUGGGGACAGCCAG